GACGGCAAAAAGAGAGUAGUGCGCGAACUGCAGCUAUUGCUGGGACUUUGUCACUUUCUUGAUAUUUAUUGUAGUGAUUUUUUGUUUAUUAGGCGUAUGAUACAUAGAUACUUUUCCAGUGCCGGAGUGAAUAUCCGGUUGUUCCGCUGUGGAGUUUCUUAACCUGUGUGUUAUCGUAAAGUGAUCUCCUCUGGAAAAAGUGUUAGCAGAGUUGUCGAGCAGCAGCAGUUAUUCAUCCCGACUCAAAUACAACAUUUUCAGAUAAGUAAACUUCGCGGAAAGCUUAGUUAAAAAAAAAUAACCUGGAGAAAGCCGAAGACACGUAUUCCUUACGAGCAGCAGUCUGUUUUGAAAAGGAUGAGCUGACUCCUGAGGUCUUGCUUGCUCGGUCACUAGGAGGCGCUGUGCUCGUCGUGUGCCACACUAGCUGAAUGGAGGGUGACUUCAGCGAGUCCCUCACUCCUCCAGUGUCUCCCUCCAUUGUGGAGACGCAGUGUGACAGAGGGAUGCCUCGGCCGCCCUCUUUCUCCUGUGUUUCUGAUCUUGGCCAGCGGACCCUCCAUGGUUACGUUGGCAGCGGGGCCUUGAAGAGGUUGUUGCUCCGGCUGGAUCCUGCACCUGCGGAUUAUGAGACGGACACAGUGGACCUGUUUGGCUUCUCCUGGGUCACAGAGACUGCGUUGGUGGAGUCCACCACGCUCUUGUUUAACCUCUUCAGACAAACUUUUCUGAAGCUGGAGAACCUGGUAAAGUCCAGCUCGCAUGACAUUGGACAUGCGGUCAGUAAUCAUUUUCAGGCUGAGGAGCUGCGACAGCAGUGUGUUCUCUUUCUUCAGUAUGUGAAGGUCUAUGUUUCAAGAUACUUUGCACCUCCCCGAGGACUUGAGGAGAACAGCAGACACCCCUACGUAGCCCUGGAAGAACAGUUCCCAUCUGCCCUGCUGGAGCAGCUCUUUGGGAUCACACUACUGUUCGGUCGACUCCGUGACCUACCCUCAAACCUGCAGGCCUGCCUGUCCCUGCAGCACCAGGGCACACGACUGCCCCCAGCUUGGCACUUGCUGCACUUGCAUCUGGAUGUUCACUGGACCGUGCUGGAGCUCCUGCACCUCCUGGAGGAGAAAAUGCUGGGCCAAGUGGUGUACGCGCAGCCGCUAGUGAAUCUGACGGGAGAGAACCUCACCAACGUCAGUUUGUUUGAAGAGCAUCUUGGCAACCUGCUUAUGGAUCUCGUUGGUCUCGCCAUGACCCAGUACAGCAAGGUGAGACCUACGGAGGCCUUGACAACUCCUCACUACCACUGUACCUGUACCAAGGAGCUGUGGGUCCUGCUUAUACACCUGCUCGAGCACAGGAGUAGAGUACUUCACACCCAGUCUUUUUGGAGCUACAUGAAUACUCUGCUGAGGACUGUGCUGAAUGGGGCACAACAAGGAAAGGUGCAAGAAGGACACCCUACUCAUUGCAAGGACCCCUUGGGCUUCACCUGGUGGCUUGUGACACACCUAGCAGACCUGGGACAGUCGAGCAGUAAUGGGACCCACCAAGAUGAGAAACUGAAAGAUAACUGGAGUUUUAUUGGAGAACUGUUGAAGGCCACCUACUCUCAGGGUACACUGCAAGAGGAGCAACUCAGAAUGCAGCUUCACUGCUGCUUGAGUCUCUGUCUCCUGUGGGACUCCAGCAUUUCCAUGGUUACUACACUUUGGGAGUACUACAGCAAGAACCUGAAUGCCUUGUUCACGGUGCCCUGGCUGGCCGUGUCUGAGCUGAGCAGUGUGGGCCGCACACCCCUGUCUCUGCUGGAACAGGCACGCAGCUGCUGCAGCCUGGCAUCCCGCAACCCUAGCCUACUUCGCUCCACUGGCUACAUGCAGCUGUACCGCUCUGCCAACUCCUUCCAGAUUUUCUUGCGCAUUCUUGCCGUGCACUUGUCCCAGGGCAGUGGGGAUGGUGCCCCCUGGAGGCAGAUUAAGGGAAGAGUGUACUCCAAGUUCCACCAGAGGCGCAUGCUGGAACUGUCAGAAGGUGGCCUCAUGAACUUCCUGCUCCUCUUCUUAGUUCUGGCACGCAUGGCUGAGCCGGAGGACGUUUGUGUGCGGGCAUGCGAACUGCUGGCUUCACGUCCGUCCAGCUCCCUGUCGAUCAGUCAGCGCAUGCUGCUGUGUAGGGGGCAACUCGCCUUUGUGCUGCUCUUCCAAGAGCGUGGGCUAGAUGUCGCGGCAUUGGCCGACCGACUGGGCACAGCCUUCACUCAGGUGGCCCGCGAGUUCUACCUGAAAACCACAGAGGCGACACGCAAGCUGGCGCUGUGGCCUCUGCUGGGGGCUUACAUCGAGGGAGUGCAAGAGGUACUGGAGAGCAGUGCCCACCUCCACCUGUCUGAGGAGAAGCUCCUCAACGAAGGUUUUGGCUUGCUGCUGCCUGCCUGCCGCCAGUCGGAACUCAACUCUGCCCUCGGCUUCCUGCAGAGCGCCCUUGCCCAGCUGCGGAGGGCUUACCACUGCUCCAUACAGACUGGUCAAGCCACAUCUCCUCUGCCCAGCAUGACUAAGGAGUGCCACCUAGCUGUGGCAGCAGCACUCUGGGCUAACUUCUUCCCCUUCCUGCGCAGCCUGCGCUUGUCUCUGACCCCCCCACCACAGCUGGCUGACUGCGCUGCAGGAUUCUCAUUGCUGGCUUUGGACCUGCCAGGCUCUGCCCCUCAGGACCUGCAGCCCUUCCCUACUCUGUCCAUCAUGCAAUGCUUUGGCUGGGAUGAAAUGCUGCACCCUUUAGUGGUGACACGCUACCUCACACAUACCCUCCACAACAGUGCCCUGGUGUCUUCGGUGAGUUCCAGUUCUGGUUCUGCUCAGGCUCUUUCUGUGCGGGCCUGGGUGCGAUGUGUUCUUCAGCAGCACGCUCACAGGGGCACUGAUGGCUCUGACAGCAGACCAGACAGGAUGAUCAGUGACCACUUGACUGAGCUCACCAGGCUGGUCUUCAGGCUACCAGAGGUCGAGUCUCUCCUGCAGAAGGCAAGGCUGCAGUCUUCAGUCAGACAGGAGCCAGAACCAGCCUUGAGGGUCUUUAUUAAGGCUGUGGGCUUUGUCUACCGUGACCUCCAGAGCCUGAGUGAGCGCUCCACCAUGGUUUCCCAAGCCCUGGAUUACAUCGGUGAUGUUCUCAAGCACAUCAAGCCCUACCUGGCAAACAAGAGUCCAUCUGAAGGGCUUCAAUUAGCAUACCGUACCGUGGGGUACCUGGUGAAGCAGUGGAGCUCCCUGCUAGCCACCUCCAAGGCGCAGCAGCUGCUCUUCCGAAUUGUCGACGUGCUGCUGCUUCCACAUGCCCUGUUCCAGCAAGAUAAGAGCCUUCCCAGCUCUGUGCUCUGUGCUGUGAGGGAUAGCCUGCCCCUCUACCUACAGGGCCUGUCAGAGGCAGCGGGUGUGUCCCAGACACAGGGCGCAUACCUGAAGCAGCAGCUCCGCAGCAUUACUGCCCACUACUUGGACCGUUUCCUCUCAGCCACUCCCACCACAGGCACCAUCAGCAAUCACCCUAUCCUGUUAGCAGUGUGCGGGGCUUCAUCGGGCCAGAAGGGGGCAGUACUGAGGAGUACCGUCAUACAAGUGCUUAGUGAAAAUAUAGCGCAGUCUAAAAGCCAUGGUUCCUCUUCUCGACUUGCAUCGCUUCUGGCUUUUUUUGUGGAGCUGCUGAAACGGACCAGUGAGCCGGACCCAGCUCUGGUUACCCUGGCUCUGCCGGCUUUACUUCGUUGCCUCUUACUGGCCACCGAACCACAGGUAAGGAAGCUGAACACAGAUGCCUUACAGCUGCUGACAGAGCGAAGUACAGCCUCACAUGUAGAAGGAUCACGUGACCACAUCUCAGCUGCUUUGAAGUGCUUUGUUGAGGACAACAUUGGCCUGUAUGAGCACCAGGUGUACGGCGUUCUGGAGGUGGUGUCUGUUUUGGACCGCUCUGUCGUUGAAGGGCUCAUUCCCAUGCUAUCACUCAGCCUGAGGAACACAGAGUGCAAGCGAGGCCUUGGAAGGAACACGAUACUGAGGAAUGCAUACAAAAAACUGCUGUCUAAUUUGGGGGAGACUGGACAUGCCGAGAUAAUUCGUUUGGAUGAGGACUGAUCCCUGAAUGCGGCAUCAAGAGGAGCCCAAAUACCUGAGUCUGUGCACACUUUCCCCCUUCCAUAAA